AUGGCUUCUUACCCGCCUGCACCAUGCUGCACGGUUGGCUUCAAACAUGAAGGCACGCCUCAAGAGAAGGACGUCGGAAUCGCCGAUGGCGAGUAUAUGGCCUAUCUCGCGACGCCUCCGCCCAAAAUGGCCAAGAAAUCAGUUGCUGUACUCUACUUGUCUGACAUUAUGGGCAUAUGGCAGGAUGGCCGGCUGCUUGCCGACCAGUUCGCCACCAACGGAUACCUGGCCUUGCUUGUCGGCACGUUCAAUGGCACCCCAAUACCAGUGAACAAAGUCAGGAAGAUAAAAAUGCCUGCUUGGCUCAGCGGGGGCUCAACUGGUGACAACCACCGCAACGAGCCGGCAGUAGACCCAAUUGUCAAAGACACCAUCAAGAUCAUGGAGGAGGAAUAUGGCGGGAAGAAGCUCCGAGCGGUCGGAUACUGUUUUGGUGCCAAAUACCUUGUCCGCCAUUUCAAUGCCGGCUACAUCGCCCACCCCAGCUACGUUUCCGACGAUGAGCUUGCUGCCCUAACCGGGCCCCUAUCCAUCUUCCCUGCCGAGAAACGACAUGAGACGGAAGGAUAUCCUUCAAAAGGCUGA